UAUGACCUUUCUCAUACUGUAGUUGACGGCAAGGACUCAGGUUCAAUAUUAUUAUUAUCACUUUGCUGCCUAGCAUAGCGCUACAGUUACGCAGGACGACAUUCGAACUAUAUAUACACAUGCACCCCUUUUGGUUUCAUUAUCGCAAGCAUUAGUUAAAACCAGAGUCGGCACAUCAUAUUAUACUACUAAAAUCCAGAAUCUAUACCUGAAGCUCUAAGCUGUUUAAGAACGAGUACCAGCUUUCAAAAUGGCGUCCACCUCGUCUUCGGAACACAGCAAAGUUCUAUCGUUAGGCGGCUACGCUCGCAAGCUGUCUAUCACUCCUAAAUCCAACAUCAACAUUCACAUCAACAACCAUUAUAACUCUCGAAUCUACACCACCGGCUCAGAAGUAUCAGGACGUGUUACUAUUACACCCCAGAACGACACGCGAUUCGACACGCUCCAGGUUGUGCUACUUGGAACUAGCAAAACCCGGAUAGACGCCGUAAACAUCCCCCAGGCGACCGUUCACACUUUCUUAAAGCUCAUAAUGCCUAUCCCGGAAUCAUCCUAUCCAAUCCCGCGCGUGUUUGAGGCAGGUCUGACUUAUACGAUACCAUUCACCUUCGUCAUUCCGAGUACCCUCACUCUUAACGCAUGCAGUCAUCAGGUCGCCAACAAUUCCGUUCAGGACCACCACAUGCGAUUGCCUCCUACUCUUGGUUCUUGGGAAAAGGACGACUUUGCGCCGCACAUGAGCCGUGUUCAGUACGUGAUUAAGGCACGGGUGUAUAAGGACGAGGCGGAUGAUGGAUUGACUACGAAAGUUAUGGAAGCUGGGCAAGAGAUUAAGGUCUUGCCUAUGAUACCGGAAGACCCCCCAUUGAAUAUUACCAAGCACGACGAUUUGUACGUUAUGUCGAAGAGUAAGUCGCUACGAAAGACUAUCAUAUCGCCCAAGACAGGGAAGGUGACUAUCACGGCUGCACAACCCAGCGCAGCCAUGCUAAGUCCCGACGGUAAAACGAGCACCUCGACUACAGUACCGCUCUACCUCGAAUUCGAACCAUUUUCUAUCGACGCUCGCCCACCAAAAAUCACAGGGAUAUCAUCCAAGGUUACAGCGGUCACGUAUUUCAGCGCCGGCGGCGUCAGCCAAUACCCUAACCUUAAGGACUGGCACAGAGCAUUCGGCUCCGAGGGCCGCGGCUCGUACUCAGGCACCACAUCCGUUACCACAGGGCCUUUAGGAGAGGUCAAAUGGAGCCGACACCUAACGGCGCAAGCUCGACGAGACUCCGGAUACGGUAGCGACAGCCUCUCGUCCGACACAGAUUUACCCCCUAAGCCCGCCCCUAAAAAGACGAAAGGCAGUCUACCAUCCCCGAUAUUCCACGCGGCACAGCUACAAGUGCCGAUUCAGCUCCCGGUGCAGAAGAAAACAUUCGUGCCAACCUUCCACUCGUGCAUCGCGUCGCGCGUCUACGUCCUGUGGUUAACGGUCACAGCCGUUUCCGGCGGGAACAGCGCACAUCUAACUCUCGGCGUGCCUUUGCAAAUCGGUGUCGGCAGCAGCGCGGUUUCGCACAUAGAUAAUACUGCACUGCCGCCUAGCUUCGAGGAGGUGGAGGAGGCGGAUGCGGAUGCAGAUGCGAACGAGUAUCUGCUCCCGCGCUUCAUGAGCGUCCCUGCAAUUAAUUCCCACCAGGACGGGGCGCUGCCGGGCUACGCGGACCUGGAUCACCAUAGACGAAGGACGGUGGUCGCGCACUAAAAUCACGAUUCGAUGACAGCUACCU